AUGACUUCUACCAGAGACAUGGCCAAAACAGCAAUCGUUUUAUGGACAGUCUGCUUGUUCACCUAUUCUGAUGGAAAAGCCAUGAUGAAGAGGUCUGUGAGUGAAAUGCAGAUUAUGCACAAUUUUGGGGAACACCUACAUUCUGCGGACCGGCAAAACUGGCUCCUUGAGAAACUACAGACUGUACACCAUGAUGGCCAGCCUGCUGAAGCAGCAGCAGUGGAUGCUAAGCCUCGUGAAGUCAGAAGUUGGAGACUUCUGCCUGAUCACCUACAAACGAAGAUGCAGAAGAAGACAAAGGAUUGGAACAAAGCUUAUACAGGUGUCACGUUCAAAACAAAGCCCCAGUGA